CGGCACUACCCUGCUAGUGUGCGUGACAGCGUGAAGCUGGGGCCUGCUCUCCAGAGACUUCUGGACAUAUCAAGGAUCUUUCAAGCUCUAUGUCGCUGGUCUUCCAAAAUCCAAGACAUGGCAGAUGGGGCACAGGCCAACCCCAAAGGGUUCAGGAAGAAGGUGCUGGUUAAACACGCCACUGGACGGAAGAGCCCAAGCCUCAGGGCCUCUCCUUCUAAAACCUCCAGGUCCAGCCUGGGUAUGAAGAAAUUCUUCACCAUCGCAGUCCUGGUCAGCAGUGUUGUAUCCAUGGCCCACUGCAGCCUGUUGAACCUGAAGUCCAUGGUGGAGGCCAUCACACACAGAAACCCCAUCCUGUCCUUUGUGGGCUACGGCUGCUACUGUGGGCUGGGGGGACAUGGCCACCCCAUGGAUGAGUUAGACUGGUGCUGUCAUGCCCAUGAUUGCUGCUAUCAGAAGCUCUUUGACCAGGGCUGCCGCCCCUAUGUGGACCACUAUGACCACAGGAUAGACAAUGACACCGUGAUUGUCUGCACUGAGCUCAAUGAGACGGAGUGUGACAAACAGACGUGUGAGUGUGACAAGAACCUGACUCUGUGCCUCAAGGAUCAUCCGUACAGGAACGAGUUUCGCGGCUACCUCAACGUCUACUGCCAUGGCCCCACCCCCAACUGCAGCAUCUACAACCCGUACCCAGAGCAAGUCACCUGUGAACAUGGCCUCCCGGUGACCCCUGUCUCAACCUAGCCUGACUGAGGUCCAAGAGAAAAGAGGGUGGUGUGUCCAGCUGGGGUCUACAUCUUAUGUGUGGGGACAGAUAGGGUGCAGGACUGUCCUGUGGCUCCAUCCCAGUCCUGUAGUGAGCUCAGUACUAGAAGACUCUGGAAGGUCAGAGCUUGUCAAUGCAUCACUCUGUCAGCAGCAUCACACUAAGCAUCUGGAUCAGGUCUUAGCAGAAAACACACAGUCUGCUGGGUCCUCUCCUGGAUAUGGAAGGAUGUGGCCCUAGUUCAACCCCAAGAACCUUUGAGACCCUUCACAGGCCUGACAUUGCACUCCCAGGCAGGCAGAGUGCCAGGUUGAGGCCUGGAUUCUGGGGGUCCCUGGGGGCCCACAAGCUGACACAAAGAGUCAUCUCUGCUUUGAGGACUUGUGGCUCUCCAGAGUCUCAGUCACAGAGUGGGUGACCUCACCCAGACCUCAACCAACAGGAUGUGUCUAGGCCCAAAGCCUGACCUCUGUUACCCAGAGUGCCUCCGGGCAGGCUCCCAGGGCACAGGGACCCCAUGUACAUAGUAGCUGCACAUACAGGGACUGGCAGGAGGUGGUCACAUGUCCACAGCUCUUCCUGACCCUCUGAUUCCUACACAGAAGUGGUGUGUACUCUCCUGUGCCAUUGUCACACCCAAAUUCAGAGUGGCAAGCCAGGGCUUCUGGGAGUGUACACACACACUCUCUCUAUGCAGACUGUCCCUGGGGAAGAUACUAAGGUCUGAGUUGAAAUGUGGAAGGGAAGGUCAAAUCAGGAGACUGAGAGGGAAACUCAGGUAGAGAGGAAGUGGGGUAGUCAAGAAAAGAGCGGGGAAGAGGUGGAGGCAAGUUGUAAAACAAAACAAAACAAAAAAACCCCCAAAAAAACAAAACAAACCAACAACAACAACAAAAAACCAACUCAGACCAGUUGCCACACAUCACACAUGUCAAAGAGAAAAGAUGGCAACGGGCUACUGUAACUGAGGGCACUGGGCCCAAUAGGUCUGGGGAAUCUUGGGCAGAGGUGAAGGUUCCUGCUGGCAGGUCACCUCUGCUGUCCCCAGCCUUGUAUUUCUUCAGGUGCACCUCCUCGUCUCCUGCCUCUCCUUCCAUCUCAGGGUCAGCAGUGUCUAGCCCUGCCUCAUAUCUGUCUUCUGCCUUUGUCCAAUGUUAACGCUGAGAACCCAUGGAUGCCAGCCCCACGAGAACAUUCAUCCGAAAGCCCAGCUUGUGUGGCUAUGGGGGACAUUGUUACUGGGGACAGAGAGCCAGCAGGGUGAUGGUAGAGGCAGGGAAAGAUGUUUAUGUGGGUGGCGGUGUCUACAGCGGCAGCAUUAGUAGGAAACGGUCACCGUGUGCGAGGGGGACCACUCUAUAGCUUGCCUCGUGCUGGUUGUGACGUGACACAGUGGUCACCUAUGUGCACUGACCCAGCUUGCCCCAGCCUUGCAAUAUUCCUCAUCUACCCUCUCAGAAGCUCAGCCGACAAGGCUCCCUCCCCUUCCCUGCCUGACUGGUCCCACCAAGCCAGGGGUGGAGCUUCCUGCUGAGUUUUGACUCCAGACCUGUGGGCUCCUCCAUGGACAUACAGCUGGGCCAAUGAGACUCUAAUGUUGUGGGAUCUAGCUCACCUGUACCUCAGCCCCCUCCCCGUUGCCUCUGUCUCCAUGGAAUAUAGCAUCCCUUCUUCAGACUAAUA